AUGCAGUUGAUAUGGACUUUGGCGGCUGGCUUCCUCUACUGUGAAGUCCUUGCGGUUACGUUUCUACUGCUCCCCUUUGUAUCGGUGCAACGGUAAAGUCCCACGUCUUUGAAAUGCUGAUACUAUUUUUCCAUAUCAAUGUACCUUCAGACACGUCCUUCAUCUUCUGUUCAGAUAUUUUACGUGCCAUGAAAAAAAAACCUUGACUAAACAUCCUAGUGUGUUGAUCCGAUUUCCAAUGAAUUCCCUUUGAAAUUUGUAAUAUAUGGCUCGGAUGCCUCCUGUGGAUCACGAAUACCAGAAAAAUCCGACAUUCAGGGUGGGGAGGGGGAUCUCGCAAAGCAUGGUCUCAGAAGUAGAGGCUAACGACAGAGAUUGAUACCAGGGCUAUGAAGGAUAGUGUACCUAAACGAUUUCCAUGUCAAAUGCCGGAUGGGAGCAAGGCAUUACCUGACAUUUCAAAUUGAAAUAAUGGUUACCUGUUGCAAGUUCGCGACGGUGGACAACAAAUAUGCUCCCUGUUCCUCCCCCCUCCCCCCAGGUUACCGUCUGCUGCCCUUCUGGGGGUUUCUCGUGGGAUGUGAUAAGCGUGUUCAUUGGUCCUCUCGUCUCCACUCGCGCACCCCUACGCCGAUGGCUCUUCACGUACGCCGAGGGGCGCUCCCGUUCACGACCCCUCUGAUCACCAAUCCGCGGUCUAAUCAAGUCCAUGCCGUGACUCACGAAUUUGCACUUCGGUGUGACCAUGUGUCAUGUGACAAUUAACUGCAACCACACGCGAGCUCACUCACACAUGCAGGCGCUCACUGUCGCGCAAACCACGUGCUGUAAACACGCCGUCAGUUUUACACGUCAGGUUUUUCUUGCCGAAGCCGGUACCAUCAUUAAGACGACAGUCCUUGGUAGAUAUCAUCCGGCCGUUUGGUCUUUUUCAUCACCAUCCGGACUCAACUCCAUAUUUUGAUAACCGCAGUAUAAAACGUAGUCUACAGAACCCAUUCUGAUGGAUAGCUCAUUUUGUAGGCUGCCCUAUGUCAGUAAGUUUAAUACACUAUGACAACCUGUUCAUUGGUUCAUACUACGAUUUAUAGUCAUACUCACGAUCCUCAUCAUCAGAAGCAACUACUGAUAGGGGGUUUACAGUAUUUACAGGAUGCAGUUUCCGUGCCACUUCCUAUCUAUGAAGGUUAGCUGGUCGCAUAUCCGUGGCAGAUGCUCGACCUUGACACAUUGGCCGCUUGGUCGUCCGUUGACGUCCGUUGGUCGGGCGUUGGCGUGGUUCCGUCAACAGCAUUGAUUAUCAGCGCCUUAAUAGCUGGACAAUAUUGUUCACGAAUGCUGUCACUAGUAGCUCGCUCCCUCCCCACCAAACUGAUAACUCUCCCCAGACUCUGUCAGGUCAGGUUUGGAAUUAUUCUGGAAUUGAGAAGGACUUCAAGCAUCAAAAGAUACGUUUUGAUCAAGUAUAAAAUAUGACGAAAUGACUAACGACCAACUGUGCAGAAGAAAGAGAAUUUUUUUACGUGAUUUUUUCAUAAAAUGAUCGGAUCUCAUUUCGUAGCCUUACCCGCAGUUGACAAGACCCAGCCUAACCCCAACCCCUAACCCUAACCCCAAUCCGUAACCUUAACCCCAACGCCUAACCCUAACCACUAACCCUAACCCCUUACAGGUACGGCUACGAAGUAAGAUCUUGCCCAUAAAAUGAAGUUACAUUUUAGGGGCACCAGCAAUUAAUUUGAAAAAUUCAUACCACACAAGUAGUCACUAUUUGCGAGCAACCGGGCAGAAGCUCGUUAGAAAGCGGGGAUCCUGAUGUGACUUAAAUAUUUGGGAUUGUGCUGCGUGGUAGUUGGUAAUACUUUCGAACUGAAUACACAUUUCAGCAUCUCGACUAAUAUUUCAUGGGAUAGCCCACCUACUUUACUUAGUGUUUAUUUCGGUUUAGCUACAAGAUACCUAGCCCAAUUUACGAUCCCCUUACCAGGGCAUCAUCGUCACAAGAUGGGCUCAUAGUGACUGAAGCAUCCUCUUCCAGCGACGCAGCAAAGUUCGUCUCAACAGUGUGUAUGUCUCUUCAUAUGAUAUGCAAAUAAGCUCCCUGAUAAAACUGAAAGAGAUUCAUGCAAUUUUCUACUUGAACUAAUUUUCAGCUCAUUCCGCGCCCGUCUUCAAAAGAUUUAGGUAUCCAUCGAUGCAUAAUGUCAGGGGAAUUGGAUGCAGAAUGAGAUCUCACACCGAAAGAUACCUUACUCUCGUGGAACCCAAAUGCCCGACCUUGGAGGCCAGGCGGAAGCCAGGCGACCAAGUCGAUCGAACUUGUUUAGCCGGCUCAGAUCGGAGGUACACUUUGCGCCGUCCUUAACAAAUGGUACCGGUUUAGUAUCAGAGUUCGGUGGGAAUCUUGCUAUUUGGAUGGCCACCGACUGGGACUAUGACGAAGAUAUCACAUAGUUUUCAGCGUAGUCAACUCAAUUUUUCAUGACAUUCGUUCUCAGCCUCUCAGCUAGCAGUCAGUGCUACUGUAUUCGUGACAUUUUGAGCUUCUUUACAACUGCCUUAGUAUAAAAACUCGUGACUCGGAUUACCGUUAUGGCUAUCUUCAUUUUUCCAAUAAUAUCCUGAGAUCUGUCCUUUCGCCUGUCUUUGGACCACGAUAUGGGCUAUCAGGGCACUUCAUUUUUUCAACGUUUUUUCUAUAGUUGCACCUGCUGACGACAGCUCACGUGUCCGUGACGCAAUACGUGAGCCCCAAAAUACAGUAGCCAUUGUCCUGAUGCAGUCACCUAGUAAUUACUGGUCUUUUAGGAACACCUUUUAGGUGACAUGUUUGUGUUUGAGCCCCUAUGCUAAUUAGAAAAAGUCUCAAUUUUAAUCGUGUUUCUCCUCUCCGAUUGCAUUGUUGUCAGCAGUACUUCGCUUUACUUAAACUUUUAGCGGACAUUAGACUUCUACUAUCAAGAGCAGAUUGAGCUAUUUACUCUUUAUUUGGGCAUUCUGAACGCUCGGAUGGCGAAGAGUUAGCUGCGCUAUUUGCUAACCAUCUCACAGGCAAUACCGCCUGCAGGGCUGCGUGGAUUCGCUAACGUUUUCUGUUGACCUACACUUGCAUAUCCAAUACCCAAUCAAUCUCAUCUCUAAUUCCUAGGUUUUUCGGAAAAUACUGGCCGGUUUCAGAAGCAGACGUUCAUUUUUGAAAAAUGUGACACUACAUAUGUUGCAGUAUAUAUGACACAAUAUUAUCUCUGAACACGUAUGCAUCUCUGCCAUCGAUGAGCAAGAUACUUUAUACCUCGUCGAUAAAAUCCACUGAUUUUUACGCCAAGAAGUCUUACAAAUCCAGUUUUUAUCGAGGUUUUGUCCGUGGGAGCUUUGCUGCGUAGAAAGUGUCUUGAAGCAGGAAAAAGUGGUAGUAGGUAGGCGAAAAAAAUAAAGGAUAAUUUGGAGAAUAUGGUAAAAUGUCGUAUCCCAAGUCGUCGAGUUUCUACAGUGGCAUACUGGAGAGAUGUAGCCGAACAUUCUUGCGGAGCAGAACUGAAUGGAGUCCACUCACUAGUUCAGGUCUCAUUGGCCCAAGUGAACAUGGAUUUCUUCGAGUUGCCUGCAGUAAACCUUUGCUGGGAUGUUCUUAUUAACCUCGAGAAAGUCUUAAUAGUCCAUAUCGACCACACCAUCAGAUCGCUGAUGUAACUUCGGUUUUGAGGAAUGUUUGCAGGUUCGUCACCAUCGAGCCAUUGUCCUGGUCAAGAAACAAAUCAUAACAGUUCCCUAUAGAGAGAAAGCACUGAACUCCCUUUAAAGUGCCGAACUCCUUGACUUUCAUAGAGCUCAUGUGAGACCCAUUUAUCGAGAUUUAUUCCCUUACUUAUUUGCACCGGAUGAUUGAACACCGUUGUAAUAAUAAUAAUAGAUUCAAUUAUCUCAGACAUUUCUCUGACAAUUUGACAUGGAUUUUCUUCAAAAAUUGCAUCCAGAAGUUUAUUUUCAAGAGCGCAUGGUUUUCCGCUAACUUGUCAAUCUUCAAGACUUCCAGUUUCAAUGCGGAAUUCAUAAAACCCCCUUUGUACUGUUGGAUCACUUACAGCCCCUUUUUCCCACGCUCUGUUAAUGUGGGCUGAUGUGUAUGAGGCAAAAUAACUGAAUUUGAACUCCUGCAAUACACAAACACCUUCCUUCUUUGUCAAUAUUCAUUGCUGGAGGCAUAUAUACUUCUAAACUAUACUAUGAAAGAAAUUACAGGAGCAUUAUUAGAAGCUUACAUCACUUAUUAAGCAUGCGAAAUGUCGUAUGAGACACUACAAAAGUAGAAUUUACUUUCAAUUUUGAAAAGAGGGUAGGAAAAUCGCCCAGUAUUUUCCGAACGAUCUAGUAUUGAUUAGCUAAUGUCGCCCAUAAAUAUGCAUGGUCUAGUACAUCUAGGUUUCCUAAACCUAAAACAACAGUAAAUAUUUCAGGUAUUAAACGAGCAUUGCAAUCUCAGUCGAGCAUUCAGAAAUCUAUAACAGUAUAUGCUUUCGGAUAGCGUUUUAAAUUAAGAAUUAAGAGUCGAACGUGGGUAUAUGGACUUCCCUCGGGUAUAGAUGGUACUGAGAUGAAAUCUCUGGGGGAGGGGGGAUGGGAGUACCGACUCAUGUGUCUUAACCGAACCCUUGCGCUAACCAUAAUUCUAACCCCCGGGGAAAUUAGCGUAAGGCCACCUGUAAUCUUGGAAGGGAGAAGUACUUAUUCAUGUGCCCUAUUCGAACUGAUAAUUGGUAUAUAUCAUGACUAGAUGUAUUUUUCUAAAUCCAUAAAUGCCUUUUUCAUUUUCAGCUGGAACGCCAUUUUCAAUUCGCGCGUUUCUAGAAUUAUAUACUCCAAUGGAUCAUUCUACUUUAAUGCCCGCUUGGUCCUACUCAUUGCAUUGCUUAUUGGUAAGCAAAAUUCACCAAAUAUUAUGAUCUUAUGCGUUACUUUGCGAAAAGAAACAGCCAAUUACAUGAUAAACCGCAAAAAUCAGAUGCAAGGCGACGAAUAGUGCAUUACGGGGAAGUAGGGAAAAAAACAACAUUACCUACCUUAUACGGAUAAGUAGCAAAUGGCUUAUUCAUAAACUCUGUUAUGCUAGUCGCCUAUUGUGAGAAAAAUUAACGCAAAAGACAGCUGCGAUCGGGACCCACAUGACCCGAAAAUGUUUGCUACGAGAUCGGCUGGGUCCGAUAAUUUAGGAAAUUUCUGCCAGACACACUUAUCGCUUUUGUGGUCAGUAAUGCAGGCUGUCUCAUCCUGCAGAAUCUUUCGCAAUCUGCACGUUGAACCUGUCCGUCUCCCUGAUCAUAGGUGUACUUCUGUUUGCUCGUAAUAAGUACCGGUGUCGCUAAUUAAACUGACAUGAGGGAUUCAGCAACAUCUCUACUUACUCGUAUCUCCACGAUCAGUUUUUCUCAACUUAAUUAUCCCUAUGUUGUUCUCGUGAAAUGAUCCUGUUUUUUUUCAGAAAGCAUUAGGAAAAUGUGGCUGAACAGUACGGCACUGUCGGAUUUAAAAAGCCACCCAGAGGACUUCAAUACUGAGACAGAAACCAUCUUCCUGAAGCGUCUGUUCAAAUCCCAGCGGAACCUCUACAUCUGCGCUCUCGCGCUCUUCCUCUGCUUGUGCGUAAGCCAAAGUAAAAUGCAUCUUUUUCUGUAACUCUGCAUUUAAGAUCGACGAAGAUAGGGGAGAGCUAAAUAGCCAUUCGUAACUUCUUUCCCCUAAUUAGACAGUCCUAUUACGACCGCAGAUGUCGAGCCUUUCAGUCUGCUGACCACCCGACUGAUCUGUGGGUACAAAUCCCGUCGGGUGACUACGCAGAAUCAGGUGGAGGUGGCAUUUGCCAAUCCAACUUGACUGAUGGACGUGCAUGCCGCUUUCCAUUCUCUCCUUGGAGCUUCAACCAAGGGCCCUUGCUUGCAAUGCUAAUAGCCAUUUCUAGCUUAUUAACAGUAAUCGGUGUGAUACAGGCGAAGAUGCGAGUUCCAGGAACUAGUUGAUCAGACGAAGAAGAGGCGAUCGCUGGAACAAAGGUUUUAUUCGCCUGAAGUUUCGGAUUCUCAAUUGAACCCAUCAUCAGAGACAGUGGCAAAAAAGGGUGACUCGUGCACAGGAAGUUGCAGUAUUUAUAGGAUGCAGUCGCUAUGCCAUCGCACACCUAUAGCAAUUAACCGCGCUCCCCGUCAUCAAGGAUUGUUGCCCGCUGGUGCGCUAAUUGCUUGAUGGUCGGCAUGCCAGUUGUUAAUUGCCGAAAUGGCAUCACCCGUGUUGGAUGCCGGCGUGAUGAUUGCUCGGCCAUCUGGCUCACCGGCGACAGGACCUAAGCCGGCAAUGGGGCAAUCAGCACAGCCAAUGAAAACGCGGAUGAUAAUUGCACUUCAGCGAUCGUCUAUCUCUAGGUCACAGGUUGGAGUCAAUUUCUAACUCCAAGAAGCGAGGGGGCGGUUAUGUCGACGCCACCCACUUCUCUGUAGCAUCCAGUGCAUGACCUUUAUAGAUCAAUACAUUACAUUAGUCGAUGUUAAUAUCGCGGUAGCUUAAGCCGAAGGCACCAGGACCUGAAAACCCGGCUCCGAAUGCAAAGACAAGACGCUAGACGCCAGUUAAGGGAAGACUGGAGCGACAGUUUAAAUAAGUUGGUGCCUGGACGAGAGAGCACGCCCCGCGACUCAGGUGACAAUGAGGAAUGAGUCAAAGCACCUUGAGUCAGAGUACGCCUGAGUCGGCAUUGAAGAUGGUUGGCUGAUUUAGACAGUCGUGAUUGGCCGAGAACCAGACUGUCACUGCUGCGCACGGGCCAUCACUCGCGUCGCAACAGGUGUCUGAAUUAGGACCAUUAGAAGCAUACUAAAGUAUUGUAUGAAACCAUGACAACAGAAGCUUGCCUUUUUUCGAUGGAGAAAACCGCGCACUGAUAUUACAGAGCAUUUAUUAAGGGAAAUAUGGUUUCCAUGAGGGGAACUUCUUCCUCAGCCUAUUUGUAGUGCUAUAUAUUAUAUACAUAUUGCAUACUAUAUUAUAUAAUUAUAUAUUGCGAUAUAUUAUUAUUUGUAUUAUAUUACAUAAAUUAUAUAUUAGGUAUUGGGACCCAGUCAUCACAAGAAAUAUAAUUUGAAGAUGGCAGGUUCUUUGGAAAAAGUAAGAACUUUAUUAGUAAAUUUUCGAAACUGGUUCCUCAGCUUGUCGUCAGACUUUUGGACUAUGUACGAAAACAGUUAACUAUUUAAACCAUAUCGAACAAAUGAUUCUGUGGUUGGCCGACGUCUGCGCCAAUGCGCGUCAGUGAUACUUCUUCAACCCCUCGGCAAUGGCUGCGCUCGCCUCCAUUUGUCUUUGAGAAAUAUGUACGUGGAAUCUAGGUCGAUAGACCGAUUGAUGCAUGACUCAUCUGAGUGCAUUACCUCCAGGAAUUCUCGGUCUUUCCUUAUUGGGCAGGCGCCAUAAAUGCGAGUGUUCUCCCAGGCAAACUGGUGUCCGGUGUCCAGUGUGUGCAUUGCCACCUGGGAUAGAUGGUCUCGUCUCCUCACCGCUAACUGAUGCUCAUGUAUACGGGUUGAGACGGAUUUCUCGGUCUGGCCACAAUAGACGACAUCACAACUGGUACAUGGGAUCUUUUAGACAACACCUUUUCUAUCGAGACAGCCAACUCUAUCCUUAGGGUGUACAAGCUGUGUAGACAAGGUGGUUGUAUUUUUGUGUGCUACUUGUAUCUGAUGUUUUUUCAGCUAUCUUUCGACAAGCUCAGAUACAUUUUUCACGUAUUAAAGAUUUCGCCAGGUGAGUGUUUUUGGUGCCUGGGUAGUCGAGCCAAAACGCACUGUUCUGAUGAAGAAAGUCACCAGGCAGACAUGAAAUGCCUCUUUUAAUUAUUUUCCCACAAGGGGUGCCCGCGCGACUUUGUGCGCCAUUGAAUGAAGCAUGAGUUUAAGCACAAAGGUAUUUCAAGCAACACGGCCAACCACGCAGACUUCGGCCAACCACAGAAUCACUUGUUCGAUACGGUUUAAAUAGUCAACUGUUUUCGUACAUAAACCAGAAGUCUGACGACGAGCUGGGGAACCAGUUUCGAAAAUUUACUAAUAAAGUUCUUACUUUUCCCAAAAACCCUGCCAUCUUCAAAUUAUAUAUUACAUAUCGUGUUCACCAUCCCCCGAAGAAUAAGAAGAAGAAGAAGAAGAAGAAGAGCGGGCGAAUUCAUGGACUAUAUUGUAUUUGAACUGACGUUUUGGAGACUUCCUCGUUUCCCUCAUCAGUGUAGUGUGCUUGUUGCUCCUACUCUGAUGAUGGAAAGGAGGAAGUUUCCGAAACGUCAGUUCAAAUACAAUAUGGCCCAUGAAUUCGCCCUCUCUUCUUCUUCGUCUUCUUCGGGAGAGGGUGAACGCGAAACAAUGCCUGGAACUCAAAUCUUUACGCAUAUUAUGUAUAUUAUAUUAUCAUAAAUGAUUAUAUUUUUAAAUAUUGUAUUAAUCUAAAUUUUAAAUGACGGCGUUCGUCACCGAUUUCGUAGUCAGUAGAUAUCGAAUAUCUCCGAGAAGUGAGUUUAAAGAGUAAAUUACGGUCGUGCUUUCCUAAAGGUAGACGUCUCUGCUCGUCAUUCCCGCCAUAAACACGUUUAACUACUCCGGAGUGUCAACAGAAGCGAAGAGGUGGGUCCCAGGAAACAGUCGUAAGGAAGGAGAUACGAUCGCUGGGACAAGAGCUUUGUUCGCCUGACGUUUCGGAUUCCUGCUCGAACUCAUCAUAAGAAACAAUUGCAGGUAAUAGCACCCGUAUCUGCUAUUGUUUCUGAUGAUGGGUUCGAGCAGGGAUCCGAAACGUCAGACGAACAAAGCUCUUGUCCCAGCCACCAUAUCUCCUUUUUUACCCUGGAGCGUGUUAGAAAGAUAGGUUAAAAUUCCCUGUGCCCACCCAUUCUUCUCAUUUAUGUCCGGGAGUACGUACUUUCGCUUCUAUUGACUGGUUAAGCUGUUACAGUCAGCACUAACUCGAUCGGAUCUUAUUUCGUAGACGUACCUGCAGUAGGCAACCCCUAACUCCAACCUCUAACCUCUGAUCCCUAACACCCAACAGGUACGGCUAUGAAAUAAGAUCUUGCCAUGCAACUAUUAUCUGACUGUAGCCGCCGCCGCCGCUAAAACCACCACUGCCGUCUUUCAGCCAUCAUUCGCGAUCCGCCACACUUCUCAACUCAACGCGCCUGACAAGCAUAACAAUCCAUCUUAAUUUCCAUCUUGAAAAAGCGGACUCAAGACAACUAACACUUUGAUUGACCUUUUAGGAAGCAUGCAUAUCUCAUCUGAUGAAAUUGCGAAAACCUCAGCCAGCUCUACGGGGGUUCAAAUCCGCGACUGCAAGUACAAGGCCUGAGUAAAGCCAACACCUACUAACUAAGUGGGUCCGGUAGUCGUCUGGCCGUCUCUAGAUUAAUUGAUGGAGAAAUCCUGCUCGCGCGGUCAGCUUACUGCGUCCUAAUUAGUGGAUUCCAUACUUUAUAGUGGUUUCGGCAAGUAACUUGACGCAAAUGUCACUAGACUCAUGGCUCUCGGUCGGCGACCGUGUCGGUUGUACACGAGCCUCGCACUCGUUGCCGUCAGUUCAGAACAUUGUGCAGACCGCAUUGUUUCUUAGCAGUUUGGCCAGACAAAAUAGCGCAUUCGCGAUGCAACCGAAUUCAUCCAUGGGACCUAGUUGCAGGCUGACUUACGAUUUCGAUUUGUCAUGGGAACUGGUAAGGCGACGAGGAACCAGUGGUCGAAAGUUUUCUCUACAACGACCGGAGCGGCAGUUUCCGGUUUUCCGCCCUCAUCAAACGGCCAGACCCCGGCAAGUCUGGAAAGUUGAUCCCCAGUUCCGUUGCUAUAGGGUGCAAAUAGCCAGCAGCUGCACUACCGGCCCAUGGUCUUUUGGGUACAGAAAAUCUUGCUGCGACGACAUCCUUCGCUCAGACAAGGGGUCCAAGACGGCUACCGCAGUCUGCUUUGUUCUUGUUUGUUUUAGACAUUUUAAUGUGUUCUAAGGAGAUGGCCUUCUAUUUUUGCGGUCAUCCAGAACUAGCACACAGUCCAAAGUCUUGCUCUUUUGUUACAGCGUGAUACACCGUCUGACGAAGCUCAUUGCUGACCAGGCUCGCAUGUUAGCUGAUCAGCAGACAUUCUCGGAGAUGCCGAACUUCGAAAGCCCUACAUCAGUUAUUUCCACCGCAGGAAAGGGGAAAGUCGCCAAGGAGCAAUCAUUGGUAGGUCCAACACAGCCUGACUGGAAACUUAAAUACCUGGAGUAGGUGGGUUAACUCAUGAAAUACCAACCGAAAUUGUUAAAUGCGUUUCCGUUUCGAAAAGAUUAAUUAAGUAGACUUGUAAAGCUAAUCGUCUUGCAGUAUAAUUCUCUAAAAUGACUCGGUUACCUCAGGAUGCCGGCUUUCGAGUGAACUUCUUUUCAGCUGCAUACAAAAACCAUACUCUACAAAAAAUACCUACUUAAGUUGCACGGAUUUUUGUCAUUGGUUUUCGAUGCCCUAAAAAAUUCAUUUAUAUUUCAUGGAAAACAUUCAGAAAAAUAUUCAUUCUUUUGCUCAUUUUGAAGAAAAUUUUUAAAUUGACAUUUUUUAAUACCGUAAAAAGGCCGUCUAUAAAAGUUCUGUCUCUGCAUUUACUAAUGUGGCUCGUAAAGUUGACAAUAUGGUUCAGAUUCACUGCUAAAUUUUAUGAAACUCAUACGGCCUCCUCUUAAUACCGUAAAGAAAUAUAUGAUUUUCCCCACGUGGAAAAUAUACGGCUUGAGGAAAUGAGCGAGUCCCCUCCCUCCUACCGGCGUAUUGGCAGUCGGUCUACCGAAGCGGCCUCUGAUUGGAUACUUUAUACUCUGUUGAGUGGUUGCCAUAGUACGACCACUGUCAAUUCUUUCGAUGUUACUUUACUUUACGAAGCCAAAGGAUCCAGUGUGCGCUAAGGCUCGCGUGCUUAUGCGAUUUCCGGCAAAUUAGUCGAUUGAGACAUAAAAAACUGAUGACGUUUUCUUGUAAAACAACGUCUGCUUUGCUGAAAAGACGGUAAACUGCCAUCUUUUCACUGAAAAUUGUCAAAAAGUUUGUUUGCGCUGAAUGAAGGACCACAGGAGAAAAGUGCUUUCGAUUUUACUCCUACAAGUUUUCUUAGAGUGGUCAUAAUUUAGGCUGGAGGGGGAGCGUGCAAUGGAAUUCGAAUUGUAGCAGACAAAUCCGUUUCUCAUUCAUAAUUACAUUGCACUAUGUCUCCCUGAUUCUAGACCAGAUCUGACAACUCAGAGGAUGAAAUCGCCAAAUUAACGGAACAGAUUGCAGUUGCACAGGAAGGUAAGUUUCAUAAAUCCACCGAAAAAUUGGAUUUAUUGCUAAGCAUUUGGAGCUUUACGAGGAGUCAUUGAACCUACAAAGUUGAUAGGAGCGGGUAAAGAAAUGAGAGAGGCGGACGGCCGUUUCUGGCUUUUUAGCCGUCAACAGUCAGUUAUGCCCAACUCCAGGUUUACGGGAUCUGAGAUUUGAAACCGGAUCCUCUGACUAUAGAGCGUUAAGUAGCCCAAAGUUUCGCCCUUAAGUCAGGGACCCGUUGUCUCCUCAGUUGUGAUCGUGAAUAUUAACUGUGGCGAAGGAAGCUCGCCGUUUAGGUUACGGUUAGUAGUUGUCGCUUUUCACCUUGUGGUGCAAUCUAGAGCCCACGCGGACAGUCGCAUAGCGGCUAGUCUUUGUCGGCACGCCCCAUCACUGCAUAGGCAUUACUAGUCGUUAUGCAACUGCCCGCGAAGACUCUAGACCGGUCUCCAAGGUACACCCGGGCAUUCACUUUCUGUAGCCUGAUCUACCAACGCCCUUCCAUCAUAGAUAAUGCUGCACAAAUGCAACAUGCCUAUUUACUCAUGAUUAAUUUAUCUCCCAGUCCUACUUAUGUUUGCACGACAGAAAAGAAACUCGCGGCAGCUGAGCUAAAGGAAGCACGUCUGCAGACAGCUCAACUUGCCAGGGAAUAUGCAGAGGUCGCGGAAAAGUUUGAAACUCUCAAGGUAGGUAGCAGGAUCGAUUUCAUGCGACCUAUGAGAAACCCUUUCAUGUGGGUCUGUACAUUUUGCCGUAUAUUGUUUUACAGGUGGAACUGCGGUCUCUUUCCGAUGCUUCCGUUGGUCAGUAA